AUGGCUUUCAGGCUUAUUAGAAAUCCGCGAGCUGCCACCUUAAGGCCAUUGCAGAUUUCACAACGCAAUGUUGCGUUUUCUGGAAUUCGAAGAUAUACCGCUUCUUCUAAAGAUGAUAAACAAAAGGUUGAACCUAAACAGAAAGCAUUAAGUAUCAUCGAUUCUCUACCUGGAAAUUCUUUAAUCACAAAGACUGGCUACAUCACUGUGGGAACAGGAUUAGUAACUUUGGCUAUCUCUAAAGAAUUAUAUGUGUUCAAUGAGGAAACUUUAUUGGUGGUUAGCUUUGCUUCCAUUGCGGCUGUCUUAUAUCGUGCACUUAAAAAACCGGUUAAUGAAUGGGCUGAAGAGCAAAAAGGACGGGUGAAUAAUAUUCUCCGUAAAGCUCGAGAUGAUCAUAAAAAUGCUGUUCAGGAAAGAAUUGAAACAGUUGGACAGUUAGGAGACAUUGUUGAUACUACGAAGGCAUUAUUUUCUAUGUCUAAGGAAAUUGCUUCGUUGGAAGCUGAAGCCUUCGAAUUGAAACAAAAAGUCGCAGCAGCUACCGAGGUUAAGGCUGUUUUAGAUUCAUGGGUUCGUUAUGAGUCUUCUUUACGUGAACGAGAACAAAAGGCCCUUUCAGAUUAUGUCAUUGAGCGUGUAAAAAAACAAUUAGAAGAUCCUAAAACGCAACAAGAGAUUUUAAAUCAAUCAAUCGGUGAUUUAGAAAAAGUCAUUAGAGCUUAA